AAUUAUGAAUCAUUACCAUCAACCAUUGAAUUUAAUCAACUUUUGGGUGUUUGUGGUUUCAGAUUUUCAAGGAAAAAAAACUAUAGCUUUCUUCAGUUAUGUAAUGGAAUUCCUCGCCAAUUCUAUCUUAAUCUAAGCUAUCCAAGUUCCAAAGACUAAAGCUUUUCUGAAGCGGUGAUUCCUGUUUGAUUCUCCCAAAAUAUGAUGCAGAAAUGUAAAGAUUCAGAAUAGUAGUACCUGAAGAAGUGAAAGUUCUUUAAUGGCGAAGAAGAAGAGCUGGUUCAAUCUAGUGAAGAGGUUCUUUCUCUUUGAGACACUUAUAAAUGCACAAAAGGAUAACAGAAGGAAAUGGAUGUUUGGAAGGUUUAGGACCAAAAGGUUAGCAUCCAUUAAAGCUCCAUCACCACCAAGAGACAACAUAAAAUAUGAAACAGAGGAAGACCAGAAGAAACAUGCCUUAACAGUGGCAAUUGCCGCAGUGGCUGCUGCUGAAGCAGCUGUUGCAGCUGCUCAGGUUGCAGCCGAGGUUGUUCGCCUCACAGGCGCUGAUGCCCCUAAAGCUAAAGAAGAACAAACCAUUGAUGUUAAACCUGACUGUUCUUCAUCUAGUGAGCUUGACAACCAGUUCCAACAACUUGCUGCUGUAAAAAUCCAGGCUUCUUUUCGGGGUUACCUUGCAAGGAAAGCUUUGAGAGCAUUGAAAGGGAUAGUGAGACUUCAAGCAAUUAUUCGAGGCCGAGUUGUGAGACGACAAGCAUUGACUGCUUUAAAAUGCUUGCAAUCAAUUGUAAACAUUCAGUCUCAAGUUUGUGCAAGGAGAUUCCAAAUGGUAGAAGGCACUUGGCAACAACAUGAUGAGAACAAAGAGUUGAUAACUUUGAAAGAUAAGAUUCUUAAGGUGGAUACCGACAGUCAAACAAGAUGGGACAAUUGUAAUGGAGGAUUGAAGUACUGGUUAGACCAAUGGGUAGAUACUAAAAGUAAAGAUGUUGAAGUCGAAGAUAUAGACUCGGUUUGGACUUCGAACCGCAAGCCUACGAGGCUCAAGACUUUUUCGAGACAGUAUCAUUGUGAUGCAGAAGGGGUGGAUUCUCCGGUACGGGUUCAACGACGACGAUCAUUUCAUGGAAAGCAGGGUUCUUUAGGAGAAGAUAGUUCUUUUAUUACAUCUCCUGUAGUUCCAACUUACAUGGCUGCAACACAAUCUACUAAAGCAAAGGAAAGAUCAAUGAGUUCACCAAAGCUAAGGCCAGGAACUUGUGAUACUCAAUCCGAAAGCUAUUCACCAUAUAAGAACAAGUUGUGUCUUAUAUCUUCUGUUACAAGCAAGCCUAACGCUUAUGAGCAGAGAUCCCCAACACUAAAGGGUAUAAAGUCAAAGCAAACCUUGAAGGAUCUUAGCUUUGACUCUGAAUGUUCAUUGCCUAAUUGGGUGCAAAAAAGCACCUUCAAAUGAUAAACAUUGUGAUGUUUUAGGUCCCUUGAUAGCAAGUCUUUGUUAUUGUGUUUGUGUGAGGUUGUUGAUGCUGUUUUGUGCUUAAACAAUUGAAUGAAUCAAGUUUUGUGUA